AUGGUCAAUGAAAAUGCCGCCCAAGCACUUACCAUCAGAUUAUUGGAUGGGCCUCUUUUAGAACUUUCAAACCUCAAAUCUCAAUCCCCUCCUUUCCUUGCCAUUGCAACCAUGUCUCUCUCUUCCUCUAGAUCAUUCCAAUGGCUUCCUGUUUACAGCAUCAUCACCUUCAUGCUGCUAUUUCUUCCACAAUCAAACUCAGUUUCCUUCAACUUCUCUAGCUUCCAGCCCAACACACAAGGUAUAUUCUAUCAAGGUGAUGCAUUCCCUUCAGGUGGAGUGAUCCAAGUCACCAAGAAUCAGCGUGAUGGAAAGGCUAGCAAAGAGUCUGAUGUCUAUAGCUUUGGGGUUGUUGCUCUUGAACUAGCAUGUGGGAGAAGGCCGGUCGAGCUGAGGGCCGAGCCGGCUAAGGUGAGGCUAGUGGAGUGGGUGUGGGAUCUGUAUGGGAGGGGACAACUCCUUUCAGCAGCCGACAACAGGUUAAUUGAGAAGUUUGAGGAGCGUCAGAUAGAGUGCUUAAUGGUGGUUGGGUUAUGGUGUUGCCAUCCUGAUCACAAUCACAGACCAUCGAUGAAACAAGUGAUUAAUGUUCUUAAUUUUGAAGCCCCAUUGCCAAGCCUUCCAUCAAAACUGCCCGUGCCUAUGUUUUUUGCACCCCCGAUGCAUAUGUGUAGGUUUUCUUACACAUCAUCCGGCGGUCUGACGGACUCAGGGAGGCAUCGGAGCCAAUGUUCGUGUAGUAGUUGCAGCACGCAAAUGUCUGUGGGCUCUUCUAAAGCUCUUCUACAGUUGCCUGAAGUUCAUGUGUAG